UUUUUUUUUGUUACUGACAAUAUACUUGGGGAAGGACUAGAUCUGAGUAGUUAGCUCGCUCUGUUGUUAGAAUUGGAAAGUCUUUGGAGACAAAGAAGUUUCUCUCCUCUCCUCCCCAUCACCAGACGCUCUUAUGGUUAUCAGUAACAUUUCACAACUCUUCAGAUUAAUCGCAGUUGCCACGUAAACAAUGUAUUGUAAUGGAACGACAGACAUGCCACUCUUAACAGCCUCCAAAAUAUAAUCCAAGAAGAAUUUGAAAAGGCUCAGAGCAUGAAGAUUUCGAGAAAUAUGAAACAUGGGAAACACAAUAAGGGGCAUUAUAGCAUUCAUCCCAUCCAACAGUUGCCAGAAUUACCUAUCAGGGGAUUUGAAAGAAAUGCCUAUUGAUAAGAUGGUGGACUUGAGUAGCAUGCAACUUCGAAGAUUUCCCUUACGUGUCUGUGCUUUUAAAGAGCUUGUGAAGUUGUACCUCAGUGACAAUAAAUUAAACAGCCUUCCUCCUGAAUUGGAACUCCUUCAGAACCUCCAGAUUCUAGCAUUGGAUUUCAACAACUUCAAAGUCCUGCCUCAAGUUGUGUGCAGUUUAAAGCAACUGUAUAUUCUUUACUUGGGUAACAACAAACUCAAGGACCUUCCACCAGAAAUCCGUCUCCUUAAGAACCUACAGACCCUUUGGAUUGAAUCCAAUUAUCUGACGAAUUUGCCAACAGUUAUAUGUGAGCUGACUCUUCUCAAAGCCCUUCAUGCUGGCUGCAACCCCAUCCGCUGCCUACCCAAAGAGCUGAAAAACCUGAAAGAAUUGCGCAGCAUAUGGAUGUCUGGAAGCCUUCUCAGUGAAUUCCCACCGGUCCUGCUUGAAAUGCCUUUCUUGGAUAUCAUCGAUGUGGACAGAAACGGUAUCAGGUUUUUCCCAAGCCUUGUUCAUUUAACUAAUUUAAAGCUGGUUAUUUAUGACCACAACCCAUGUCAAAAUGCUCCAAAGGUAGCAAAGGGGGUGCGGAGAGUUGGCAGAUGGUCUGAGGAGACCCCAGAACUCAUGAAGAAGUUUGAUGUGGAAACCGAAGUUGAAAAGGCGGUGGAAAUUAAGGAGACACAACCUGCCCCCACUAAAGAGAACGCAAAUGAGACUAAUGAAAACCCAGUGGAUGUAACUACUGAACUGAAUUAAAUGUCAACUCUUUCUGUCAAGGUGACAUUGUAAACCCUCAUAUUGGAGAAAUAAUUGAAGACUGCGUUCCCACUGCUGGUGUGCGUGUUGGGUGCAACUGGAUUGGCUGAAGGACAAUAAAUACAUUUAACAGGUGUACAAAACAGUUAUAAUUCUUUUCUUACUGGGGAGAGGGGCUUGUGUCAGGGAUGUUCAAUAAAAUGUGAAUUGUCAGGAAGUUGUAAAGUAAAUUUAAACAUUAAGGCUACAAUAAGAGAACUGGAAACAUCAAUUACAUUGAUUUAUUUUUCCCCCCCAGAGUUUUGCUAUUUUUUCCUAAAACUUGAAUCCUUGACAAUUCACAAUUUAGUCAAUAACCCUAUUUAAAAAUGUGUAUAAUUCUUAAAGGAAAAUUGUAAUCAUUUUCAUUAUUAUUCAAAGCUCAAUGAUAAAUAUAGUAUAUUCGUUAUAUAAUUUUUGUAAUGCAUGUUUAUAAGUAAAUGCCUGUUUUUUAGGAUUUGGUCAGAUAAGUAGUGCUUUCAAUCAAGGAGGACUAAAGGACUGCUGUUUAACAAAUAGGGUAAGCCAGGUGAUUAAAUUACAAUAGGCUAUAAUGCAUAUUAUUGUUUAUGUUCAAUAUUAGUAAUGUAAUGGGAAAAAAAUUAUGACUGUUUUCCUUUACGAUUGUAUGUAGCAUCCAACCCUUAUUUAUUUGUCACUGGAAUCCCAGUAAUAUCCAAAGCAAAUAAAUGGACACUGGGCUAGGAAAGGCCAGAAUGUGAUACUAUCCAGGCAUCACUAGAGGGUGAGGCCUGAGAACAUAUCUAGGAAUUUGCCUCAAAGAGAAUCCACCUUAUAUCACCACUGGAGGAGUGGGGGGAAUUGGGUGUAUGGGGGAGUAGCUCAUGGAAGGGUGUGCAAUCAGACAUCAAAAAGGGUAAUAUCCAAAAGGGCUGUGACAAAUUAAAAUGUGAGAGAGGGAAUGUGACUGACAGGGAUAAGUUGGGAGGAUAGGAGUAUAGGGUCCAUAUGAUUGUGGAUGGGAGGGUUUAUGGAUUUAGGUAAAGUUUUGCAGGAGGAAUCAAUACAGACUGUUGGGAGAAGCUGUGGCCUGCAAAAUAUUUGGCAAGAUCUAUCAAGACAAACAGGUGCUAAUUUCCACACCAAGAGAUAAAUGUUAUGAAAGAUUUCAUUGGUUUCCAUGGUGAUUGUUUCUUAAUUAGCACUUUGCCUGGACUAUCACCAGUUUUGCCUUGAUACAUUCCCCUCGCCCCCAGGAGUAUGGCUUGUCAAGAUAUAAAAUAGCAUGACAAGCUACUGAAAGAUGGCCGAGAGAGACGCAAGGUCCUAAAACAACAUUGGGAUCAUCACGAAGAUGAGGGCGGUAGGCACAAAAUGGGUUAAAAAAAACAAAACAAGAAGAAAUAAUUUAGGAUGGUGUGGAACAAAUUGUUCUAAUCCAUACAAAUAAAUAAAAUGGUGCAUAGAUAAUACUCUGGGAAAGUAAAGAUAGUUGCAAAAAAUUUAAUUUCAUGUAUGAUCUACAUAUUAAUUCUAAACAGC